AUGUACCCAAACCCACACUCUUUAACGCGUACAAUACUUCCCAUCUUCUUACAACAACACCACCACCACCUGUCCACUCUCACAAAAACCACCAACAUGGACACGGCCAUUCCCUCUAGUCCCCCCAAGAAGCUGCUUCCUGCCUUCCCAGCAAUGGGCAAGUUUGUGGCUGGAGAAACCACAGGAAUCACUCACGUCUACAGAGACGAAAGUGACGAUGUUCUUGUGCCCGGAAUCAUGUCUUCUUCGCCUGUGAAACGGAGUCAUGCAACCGCCUUUGGCAAGGACACAAACACUAACAGAAGCAGUCCUGUUUCUCAUGACACGAACAGUCCCCCUCCUUCGUCUCCUUGUCCUAGACAUUACAGUGAAGAUGACAUUGGGGACGUGACCAUGACUUCCAUCAACUCUGACGUGUCUAACGAUGUCUCUGGAGCGGAAGCGGUGGCCGCCGACACCGUCGACAAACUCCAUCUCCAAUCAAUGCUUUCUAGAGAGCCCCGAACAGCUCUUACUUCCCUCCCUAUUGUCAACCUCACCCGACCCUCCCCCAACCGAAUCAACUCUCUCAUCAUGGACAAACGGGUCAACCAAAACAAAGACCUGCUGUCCAAGCCGACCACCCAGGAAUUACUCGCUAUCAUGGGCGAGUACUACCCCCCUGUGGCCAUUGGACGGUCCUCUCUGCAGUCUCAGGUUGUGCUUAGCAAGAGCAACCGACAGAUUUCCAGACGCCAUGUGACCACCUGGUACGACCUCGAGCGUCACGUAAUUGCCAUUUCGUGUUCGGGCUGGAACGGGUGCCGAGUUAUGAGCAGUGGCAGGGUAUUCAGAACCACUGAGAAUGUCACUCUCCUUGAAGAAGCCAAACUCAAGUAUGGAGAUAUUUUCGAGCCCUCCACUGAGACAAAAGAUGGUCAGGAGAACGCCCCUUGUUCUUCUUCCUCGUUUGGCACCUUCUUGUUCAAGAACGACAGAAUGGAAGUUGACGCUUCCGAAAUCCUGGUUGAUGUUCGAGGAGAGCGGUUUAUGAUUCGGUUGUCUGAUGAAGGCGAGGAAGUCGCUGAUGAAGAUGCCGAAAUGACCACCGACGAGACCGACGAUGAGGAGCUGGUGCCGUUGACCAGUGUUUCCGACAACAAGCUCAACACCAUGAAGACUGAUCUCAACACCAAGAAUACUGACACUCAUUUCAGCAAGAAGCAGAAGGUGGUUGAGGAGCCCAUCAAGGCCACAACUGGCUUUCCUGCCGUUGAUAAGGAGAACCAGACUCAGACUCCUGCUGUCUCUACCCCUGCGACUGUCACUUCUACCCCUACCACAGUCUCUUCUACCCCCUCCUCGGCCAAACGCUCUGCCAAGGCUUCCAACAAACCCGUGCUCAAAACUGUUAAGGUGAUGAAGCCCGUUGCUCGACAGAACGUGGUUCGACAGGUCACUCGGCCUGCUGGACGACUUGAGAAGCCGAAAAUGCUGGAGCAGAAGCAUGCCGAGAAGGUCGCCAUUGAUAAGACCGUCAAGCCUGUUGCUGACAAGCCUAUUGAGAAUGCCCCUGAGAAGAUCGAGACCAAGGCUGAGCCUAAGGCUGUCAAGAAGCCUUCGGAAAAGUCUGCCGAGUCUUCCGAGCCUGUUGAGCCCAUUCAGAAGCCCACCGAGCCUAUCAAGCCUGUUAUUCCGUCCGCUGUCAUGGCUUCUCAUGCUCGAGAAACAACACCCGUGCCCCAGGUGACCAUGGCCGCAUCUAAGUCUACACCCAAGUCGACUCCCAAGGCUGUUGCUGCCACUCCCAAGAGUGUUUCCACUCCCAAGACGGCGACUUCUACCCCCAAGCGAAAGAAGAGCCCCUCUCCGGAGAUCCCCCUGUCGCCUUCCAAGAUCGAUCUCAAGGCGAUCCGAAACCUCGUGUGCAACCACCUGGCCUUCUCGCGUCUGUCAUGCACACCCCUACAGACAGUAAUGGCAGUCUCGCCGAAGAUCUCCAUGGUGCCGAAGUCGCAGCUGCAGCAGAUUCUGCGCGACAUCGACUGCAUCGGCAUUAUCCACCGGGAGGGCAAAGACGCAUCAGGCAAGCCGCUCGAGGAGGAGUACUACUACGUGCCCGAACGAGACUCGGAUAAGGACCGGGUCAAACUGGUCAACGAGACCAAGGGCGGCGCUGGCGUGCGGUCUUGCAGAAAGGUCCACAAACAGUACUACUGGAAGAAGCCUACCUUGUAA